GCUCCGUCCCCCACGCCAGCAGGAGAUUCGUCUUGGUGUUCGUCUUGCCAAGCUUGCGUUGACUUCCGCGUCCAGGCGUUCAGGUUCAGGGAUGGAGGAAAUCGGCAAGAGGCGGCAUCAGCACCAGCACCACUUCGUGAUGGUGCACGGCGUCUGCCACGGCGCGUGGUGCUGGUACAGGGUGGCCGCGCUCCUGUCAUCCGCCGGCCACCGCGUCACGGCGCUCGACAUGGCCGCGUGCGGCGCCAGCCCCGGGCGCGCCGAGGAGGUGCCGUCCUUCGAGGAGUACAGCCGGCCGCUCCUCGACGCCGUGGCCGCGCUGCCGCCGGGGGAGCGAGCGGUCCUCGUCGGGCACAGCUUCGGCGGGCAGUGCCUCGCGCUCGCCAUGGAGAGGUACCCGGACAGGGUCGCCGUCGCGGUCUUCGCCUCGGCCGCCAUGCCUGCCUUGGGAAAGCCCAUGACCUUCGUCCUUGAAGAGUUCUCGCAAGAAACGGGACCAGAUUUCUACAUGGAUUGCACAUAUGGGGCUAGCAGCAAUCCUCAGUAUCCAGUGGAGACGCUUCUGCUAGGGCCAGAGUACUUGGCCAAGAGAUUGUAUCAGCUCAGCUCUCCUGAGGAUCUGACCUUGGCAAUGGCGAUGGUGAGACCAUCACAGUGGUUCGCGGACGAUGCAGUGCUGAAGGAGAACGUCCUAACAGCGGAGAGGUACGGUGCUGUGAGGCGGGUGUGCGUCGUCGCCGAGGACGACGCGUCGUGGUCGGCGGAGUUCCAGCGGAGGAUGGCGUCGUGGAACCCCGGCACGGAAGUGAGGGGGUUGAAGGGAGCUGAUCACAUGCUGAUGUUGUCAAAGCCAAGGGAGCUCUCAGAACUGCUUGUGGAGAUAGCUGACAAAUACCGUUCUGUCUAUACAUAAAUACCUGAUCGUAUAGCCAUCAGACAAAAAUUAUGAGUGUUCAAGUAUGAGUGCUGGAUUGUUCUUCAGAAAAUUGUCACAGGAAGUUUGCAUCUACGUUUUACUUAAAAAAAAAGUUUGCAUCUGCUAAA